CAGUCACCUCCCCGCGGGAAAGGGUGUGGCGCCGGGCCUCGGGAACCGCCUUGUCUCCGAGUCGCUUCGCUCUCGUUCCCCGUGUUAAUUCCUUUCUGAUUGCCGGUCGUGACGGUGCGGACGAGGGGGGCAUUGGGUGUUUUACUGCACAGAUCUGCGAGUCCUUCCGCAGUGCCCAUAGAUUUCUGCUCAUCCCGCAACGCCUUCGGAACUGGUUUGACCCUCGGCGUCUGCCAUCGGCAGUCGCCUGCCAGCUGUCGGCGCCUUUGUGAGGCGGCGGAAGGGGUGCAGGGCCGAGGGCGGCGGGCGCAGGGCCGGAGCCGCGGACAGGUGCGCGGGGGGCCGAGCCGCGCCCAGCGGUGUUUCAGCCAUGUCUGACAAAAGUGAGCUGAAGGCGGAGUUGGAGCGCAAGAAGCAACGAUUGGCUCAAAUCAGAGAGGAGAAGAAGAGAAAGGAGGAAGAAAGAAAGAAGAAGGAAACUGACCAGAAGAAAGAAGCUCUUCCAGUACAAGAAGAAUCUGAUCUUGAAAAGAAGAGAAGAGAAGCUGAAGCAUUACUUCAGAGCAUGGGGUUGACACCUGAGUCUCCUGUUGUCCCUCCUCCUACCUCUCCGUCUUCCAAAUCUGUGAGUACGCCAAGCGAGGCUGGGAGCCAGGACUCCGGGGAUGGUGCUGUUGGAUCUAGACGUGGACCUGUUAAACUUGGAAUGGCCAAAAUUACACAAGUUGACUUUCCUCCUCGAGAAAUUGUUACCUACACAAAGGAGACACAGACACCUGUUAUGACUCAGCCCAAGGAAGAUGAGGAAGAGGAAGAUGAUGUGGUUGCACCAAAACCAUCAGUUGAACCUGAGGAAGAAAAAACAUUAAAAAAAGAGGAGGAGGAAGAAGCUGCCCCUCAUGAGCUCACAGAGGAGGAAAAGCAACAAAUUUUGCAUUCGGAAGAAUUUUUAAGUUUUUUUGACCACUCCACAAGGAUUGUUGAAAGAGCCCUUUCUGAGCAAAUCAACAUUUUCUUUGACUACAGUGGAAGAGACUUAGAGGACAAAGAAGGAGAGAUUCAAGCGGGAGCAAAACUGUCCUUAAAUAGGCAGUUUUUUGAUGAACGUUGGUCAAAGCAUCGUGUUGUCAGUUGUCUGGACUGGUCAUCUCAGUAUCCAGAAUUACUUGUAGCCUCUUACAACAACAAUGAGGAUGCGCCUCAUGAGCCUGAUGGGGUGGCCCUUGUAUGGAAUAUGAAGUACAAGAAAACUACUCCAGAGUAUGUCUUUCACUGCCAGUCGGCAGUGAUGUCAGCUACAUUUGCAAAAUUUCAUCCCAAUCUGGUGGUUGGUGGCACAUACUCGGGCCAGAUAGUGCUGUGGGAUAAUCGCAGCAAUAAGAGAACCCCAGUGCAGAGAACGCCACUUUCAGCUGCUGCUCACACGCACCCAGUGUACUGUGUAAAUGUUGUUGGGACCCAGAAUGCUCAUAAUUUGAUUAGUAUCUCAACUGAUGGGAAAAUAUGCUCUUGGAGUCUGGAUAUGCUUUCCCAACCACAGGAUAGCAUGGAGCUGGUUCACAAACAGUCCAAGGCUGUGGCUGUUACCUGCAUGUCUUUCCCUAUUGGAGAUGUCAACAACUUUGUUGUUGGCAGUGAAGAAGGCUCAGUGUACACUGCAUGCCGUCAUGGCAGCAAAGCUGGAAUCAGUGAGAUGUUUGAAGGACACCAGGGACCAAUCACUGGUAUCAACUGCCAUGCAGCAGUUGGACCUGUAGACUUCUCACAUCUUUUUGUCACCUCUUCUUUUGACUGGACAGUAAAGCUUUGGACAACGAAGAAUAACAAACCUCUCUACUCCUUUGAAGAUAAUUCGGAUUAUGUUUAUGAUGUGAUGUGGUCUCCAACUCACCCUGCCUUGUUUGCCUGUGUGGAUGGGAUGGGCAGGCUUGACCUGUGGAACCUCAACAAUGAUACUGAGGUGCCCACUGCAAGCAUCACCGUGGAGGGCAAUCCUGCUCUGAACCGUGUGAGAUGGACACAUUCUGGGAGAGAGAUUGCUGUAGGUGAUUCAGAGGGACAAAUAGUUAUAUAUGACGUGGGAGAGCAAAUUGCUGUUCCUCGCGGGGACGAGUGGACCCGGUUUGGCCGAACGCUGGCAGAAAUCAACGCCAACAGAGCUGACGCAGAGGAGGAGGCUGCAACCCGCAUCCCGGCGUAGAGCCUUCCAAACAGGCCGCAGGGCUACACUUGGCAAUGAUUGGAUGCAAAUCCUAGUGUGUCAGUUCUAAUCACAGCUUAGGGGAGGAAUAUAUGGAUUCAACAGUGGACUUUGAAAUGUAUUAAGAUUAAUAAAAAUCAGAUCUUGCCAUGUUAUGUUUUAUAUGAAGUACAAGCACAUUCUGGAUUUGUGGAACUUUUAAUACAGUUAACAUUGACUUUGCAAGGAUCUUCUUUUGCUGAAACACUAAUCUGGUAUAAAUUUGCUACUUGGUUUCUGUAAAGUCCAAUCUGAAACAGUAUCUUUCUGAAAAGUAAAAGUUCUGCUCCUAAAACUUUUUCUGUAUUACAGACUAACCUUCAUUAGGUAGAAAAUCUCUGAAGCAUUCUUUAAUUUGAAUUCUUCAAAUUACCCAUCAUAUGCAUGCAUAUGUUCUGAGUUUCAUUAUUUAUAUAUAGAUAAGCCUCAGACUCUGGUAGUGGGUAAUAUACGUGAAUAAAAAUUUGUCUGUAGUUACAAACCUAUGUGAUAAUCAGACCUGAAUUAAUGAAUACAUAUUUAAUACCAAUUUCCUUUUGUUUGAACUGAUGCAUUAAAAGGUGAGACUGAUUCAUAAAUAAAUACUAUACAAGCACUUGUCAGCUGCCCUGA